AACAGAAUGAUGGGAUUGAGUUAACACCAUCUGCUGAAAAGUUCAACAAAAAGACUCAAGGGAGACUCCUAGAACAACUUAAACUGUCGGUUGGCUUCUAAACAUCCUUAAAAGGACUCGCUAUGGCAUCUAGCCGAGAUGGGCGUAGUAGUUCAGCAUCUUCACACAGUGGAUCGAAUAUACCGCCAAACCGUUCAUCUAUUCGAACUCCCAAAAGACCACGUCCAACAACAGGGGGAGCUUAUGAUGAAAAAAGCACUGACUUUUUAUGCCCCGUCUGUUUUAAUUUAAUAGAAGAAGCGCACAUUACCAAAUGUGGUCAUACCUACUGUUACAGCUGCAUUACCAAGUCGAUAGAAUCUCAGAAGCGCUGUCCAAAGUGUAAUUCAGCUCUUGCGAUGGAACAGAUAUUUCCAAAUUUUUUACUUAACGACUUAAUAAAGAAGCACAAGCUCAGAAUGAAUGGUUACGAUGCUUUAGGCAUAACGAGGGACAGUUCUGGGGAGUUUGCUUCAUCAGCAGAUGGUCUAAGAGAUUUUGUGGCCAGCGAAUCACAAAAUUUAACUCUACCCGAUGUUAACGUUAUGCUGGAGGUCCUAACACAGCGCAAACAGUUGUUAGAAGCCGAGUCUUGCGCAGCUCAAAAUAGACUGCUACUAGAAUUCUUAAAACAUUUACUUAAGCAGAAACGGGAACGACAAGCCCAAAUUGCGAAAGAAAUAACUAUUAUAGAAUAUGAUAUUGAAGAAGUUAGCAACAAACUAAGGGAAGUUCAUAGUAAAUGUCCAACACUAGAAGAUGUUGAACGUACUGCUGCGGGGGCCUCCGAAACGGAUGCGUCCACAGUUAAUGCUAUGAAAAAGGAAAUGAUUGAGAUUAUUGAUAAUAUCGGCACCUCCACGGGCAGACGUGAGGAAUCUAGUAGUUUGGAAGGCCCUUCUCGACCUAACACGUCACUCGCAAUGCGUAGGAGACGAAUGCACGCGUACUUUGACGAUUUUGUGGACUGUUAUUUCUCGACACGUUCCAAGGACAUAUUUUUCGGUAAAGAAGGCCUCGACAAAAGCUCCAAACCCGCUCUGGAACCAAAUCCAGGUUUGGACCAAUUCCGCGAGAGUUUAAUAAAAUUUUCCACUUACAAUUCGCUUCGAAUUCUAGCAACAUUGAACUACUCUAGUGACUUGUUUAAUAAUUCCACUAUCGUUUCGAGUAUAGAGUUUGACAAGGAUAAUGAGUUUUUUGCCAUAGCGGGGGUGACGAAGAGGAUAAAGGUUUUUGACUAUAGCGGUGUAAUUAAGGACGUUGUAAGCAUACAUUACCCUUGCAUUGAAAUGGUUUCCAGAUCAAAAAUUUCCUGUGUUAGCUGGAAUACGUACCACAAAAGUACUUUAGCUUCUAGCGACUACGAAGGGACUGUAACCAUCUGGGACGCUUCUACUGGGCAAAGGACUAAAACAUACCAGGAGCACGAAAAACGAUGUUGGAGUGUGGAUUUCAACUGCGUGGACACACGUUUAAUAGCAUCGGGCUCCGACGAUGCCAGAGUGAAACUGUAUUCCCUCAAUGAAGAACAUUCUGUAGCUACUUUAGAAGCCAAAGCGAACGUGUGCUGCGUGAAGUUCAAUCCACGUAGCUCGUCCCACUUAGCUUUCGGCAGCGCCGAUCACUGUGUUCAUUACUACGACUUAAGAAACAUGAAAGAGGCAGUUGCAAUUUUUAAAGGGCACAAAAAGGCUGUUAGUUACGUAAAAUUUUUAAAUAGUGAAGAAAUAGUGUCGGCUUCCACCGAUUCGCAGCUCAAAAUGUGGAAUAUCAACACGCCGUACUGUCUCAGGUCAUUUUUGGGACACAUUAACGAGAAGAAUUUCGUCGGACUGGCAACUGAUGGUGACUAUGUGGCUUGCGGGUCAGAAAAUAACGCGCUAUAUGUAUAUUACAAAGGAUUGAGUAAAAAGUUAUUUAGUUAUAAGUUUGAGGCUAUCGAGGGCGUUCUCGAACAAGAGAGACGUGAAGAUGAUAUGAACGAAUUCGUAUCGGCUGUGUGUUGGAAACAGAACUCUAACGUUGUCGUGGCAGCGAAUAGUCGGGGGAUUAUAAAUAUUUUAGAGUUAGUUUAAUUGUACGAUUUGAUGGAAAUAUUAUUUUUGUGAUUUAACAAUAAGGUUUGUAAUAUAUUGUAUCGUUAUAA